UUUAUAUUUUAUACAUCAGGGAAUUGUGUCAAAUAAUUCGGGCAACUUUUAUCAAUCGUCAGCCAGUUUCUGCGAAAAUGAGGGUCUACCUGUAUCAGAUGCGCCCGGUGCUGUUCCUCUUCUACAUCGUGGAGACCGCGGCCAACAUGGUUCUGAUCCACUUCUACCUGAAGACCUUCGUGUUCGUCAACUUGGCCCUGAUGGGCUGGGUCGACCUCUUGACCCAAUACAUGUAUAUGGUUUGCUUUUACAUUUUCACGGUGCUGACGACCUUUGCCAGCAUAAAUCUGUGCACCGGCAACCACUGCUCGAUUGUUCAGGAGGUGGUGCGUCCACUGCUCGGUUUCCUAACCUACACGAUCUGCUCCUUGAUGGUCCUCGGCGAUGCCAAGUCGGACAUCUAUGUUCUGUACUCCGAUGCCAAACCGGGUGAUCUACUGAGGCCGGAGAAGCCAAUGCAUCCGUAUUUCGAUAAUAUUAGGAUCCAGGCAACGAUCUCCUUGGUGACCAGUGUGAUUUUCCUGCUGCACUGCCUCAUCGCCUUGGAUGUGCUGCUCUCCAACGAGGACUCGGACGAUGAACACUCCUCGGAGAACUCCAAGCCCUCGGAUCCCUCUGAUGAUAUUGUCGACGAGCUGGACUACGUCCCGGUGCGGCUCUACGUGCUGGGAGGAGUGGUGCAACGCUGGCUUGAGCAGUACCAGUGGUUCCAGGACUUUACCCGCAAUGGGGUCUCAUAUAUCUGAUUUAUUCUUAAGCUGCAAAUUUCGUAAAGCUUGGAAAUAAAAGGUUCAACAAUGUGUA